GUUGAUUUUGUGAUUUUUUUUUUGCGUGGAUUGUGGGUUUUUUUUAGAUCUAUUUGUUCUCACUGCGGAGUUUUCAAGGUUAUUCUGGUUUUCUGAUGAGAUAGUGAUGCAUGCUGGAUUCUUGGAUGGCUUUUACUUUUUUUUUUUUAUUUGUUUGUUUGUUUUGAUUUUUUACUUUAAAGAUGUGUUUUUGUUUGGUAUUACUACUCUUGUGUGUUGAGAGUGAGAUAAUUGGUAAUUGAUUCGUUUGCAUGCAUUCUCUGUACCAUUUGAAGCUUUUGGUGUUGUGUUAGUUGUAAAUAAUUGUGGUUCAAUUAUAGGGAAUGGCAAAAGCACCUUUUUAUCUCUUUUUGCAUGUGUAGAGGACGAGGUAGCACAUGGGAAUUCUUUGUUUUUCAACCUUGCAUAACUGAGGAGUAUCUUGGCAUCAUAAACAAAAGUUGUUAGCUACGUUGAGGAUAAUAUAACUGAAAAAUACAAUGAACUGAAAUGAAGACCUCGCAGGAUCCUCAAAAUACUGUGGAAGCAUCGCCAUCGGCACAAGCUCAACAUGAAACUCAAGGUAACCAUCAAGAUAAUCCUGGGGGUGACGCUCCAGUAGCAGACUCAGGUUCAAUAUCCAUUGCAAGCAGUGAAAAUAGAAAGGUUUCUCGGGAAGACAUUGAGCUUGUUCAAAAUCUGAUUGAACGGUGUCUUCAGCUGUAUAUGAAUAAAGGGGAAGUAGUUAGGACUCUCUCAAAUCGAGCUAGAAUAGAACCUGGCUUUACAACUUUAGUAUGGCAGAAAUUGGAAGAAGAAAACUCUGAUUUUUUCAGAGCUUAUUACAUACGGCUUAAACUUAAAAAGCAAAUCAUCAUGUUCAAUCAGUUACUGGAGCACCAGUAUCAUUUGAUGAAGUACCCUGUGCAUCCUAAGGUUCCGUUGGCUCCCAUACAAAAUGGAAUUCAUCCUAUGCCUGUUAACAACUUCCCUAUGGGAUACCCAGUUAUCCAGCAGCCUCCGAUGCCAGCUACGGGUCAGCCUCAUCUUGAUUCCAUGAGUUGUGGAUUGUCCAGCUGUCAUGUAGUCAAUGGGAUUCCUGCACCAGGCGGGUUUCAUCCUAUUCGUAUGAAUUCUGGAAAUGAUAUUGUUAUGGACAACAGAACAUCCGAUGUGCCACACACUGCUCCUCAAUGCAGCACCAUGUCAUCAGUCUCAGAGAUGGCUGUCAGUCCUGCAUCAGUGGCAUCUAGUAACCAUUUUCCUUUUAAUCCUUCUGAGAUGUCAGGGAUGGGUAUUGAUGCCUCUGCAUUGGAUUCCACAUUUCCAACUGAUGUGGCCGGAACUGGAGGGUUACAGCUAGGACCCGACGGUGGGGUUGGAUCCUCAAGAGACUCGCUCAAAUCAUUAGGACAACUUUGGAAUUUCAGUUUCUCAGAUCUAACAGCAGAUUUAACAAAUUUGGAAGAUCUUGGAGCUCUCGGUGAUUAUACUGGCUCUCCAUUCCUUCCGUCCGAUUCAGACAUUCUGCUCGACUCUCAGGAACAGGAUGAUAUGGUGGAAGAAUAUUUUGCCGACACCAUCACCGGGCCUUGCUCACAAUCUGAUGAAGAAAAACCAUAAGAGGAUUUCAAGGUUGGAUUUUUUUCUUCCAUCUUCACAUUCCCCAAAUGCAGGCCUCUCUUUGCUGUCAGAAGAAUGGCCUCUUCUCCAGAAAAGACUAUUUGCUAGAACUGAUGAAAAUGAAGUUAGAAUAAAUAAGUCCUGAUCUAAGUGUGCCCUUGUGGCCUAUUUGUUACUUUUUCUUGUCGACGACGAUGUAUAACGACUUAAAAACACUGUAAAACUGAGGCUAUCAUUUGUUUGCCCUUCUGUAUUCUUGUCGAAUUUUGUAGCAAUUGCUUGGAGUGAUCAGGGCUUUUCUAAAAGAGAUGAUGCUAUGUUAAAUGCCUCAAUUUCAGUAA